AUGGGUUACUCCUUCACAGUCUACAAAGGAUCCAGCGAUGGGUCCAUCAAACAAUCCACGACGGAGCGCGGCCCCCUCGCGAAAGACCAGGUCCUUGUCAAGUUGACGCAUUCGGGCGUUUGCGGCACAGACCUACACUACCGGACUGUGGACAUGGUCCUGGGCCACGAAGGCGCCGGCGUCGUGGAGGAAGUCGGCCCCGAUGUCCGCUCCCUGAAGAAGAACGACCGCGUCGGAUUCGGAUACGUGCACUCCAGCUGCGAACAAUGCGAGCAAUGUCUCACCGGAUGGGAGACAUUCUGUCCGCAGAGAGAGAUGUACGGGUUCGCUGACCAAGACGAGGGCUCCUUCGGCACCCACGUGGUCUGGCGCGAGGCGUUCCUCUUCCGCAUCCCCGACAAGCUGUCGAGCCAGGAUGCGGCGCCGCUCAUGUGCGGUGGGUCGACUGUCUUCAACGCGAUGCAUGUCGGGGGCGUGCAGCCCACAUCGCGGGUGGGGAUCGUCGGCAUCGGCGGACUCGGUCACCUGGCGAUCCAGUUCGCGAACAAGAUGGGCUGUGAAGUGGUGGUGUUCUCUGGGACGGACAACAAGAAGGAGGAAGCGCAGAAACUGGGGGCGCACGAGUUCUACGCGACCAAGGGCGUCAAGGAGCUGGCUGUUGGCCGGCAGGUGGAUCAUUUGAUCGUGACGACGAGCUUCCCGCCUGAUUGGAACCUUUUCCUGCCCGUAUUGAAGCCCAGAGCUACGAUCUUGCCGUUGACGGCCGCACAGGGUGACUUCGCCGUUCCUCAGAUGGCGGUCAUUGGACAGGGCUUGCGUGUGCAGGGCGCUAUCGUGGCCUCUCGAGCAGUCCAUCAGAAAAUGCUCGACUUCGCCGCUUUGCAUAACAUUAAGCCUGUGACUAUGACGUUCCCUAUGACGGCGGAGGGCGCCCAGAAUGCAUUGAAGACGUUGGAUGAAGGGAAGAUGCGGUAUCGGGGUGUUCUGGUC